CUGAGGACCCGAGAAGCUUGUCAACAACCGCGCAAGAAGCUGCGACAGCCUGCAAACUUUCUCAGCCUCGACCCAGCAAACUCUGAAGCUACACCAGAUCAUCGCUCACCUGUCCAGUAGACAGGCCGUCUCAAUGCAUUACAGAGGACCGAAAACACCGAGGGGAUCAUGGACGUGUACGAUUUGUUUAGUAGUUGCAGAAAGGGCGACAUUUGGAGAGUCAGAUAUCUUGUUGAACAAAGAGAUGUGGACCUCAAUGUAAGAGAUAAAUGGGACAGCACCCCUUUGUAUUAUGCCUGUCUCUGUGGUCAUGAGGAGCUGGUCCAGUACCUGUUGGCUAGUGGUGCCAAGUGUGAAGCCAACACAUUUGAUGGCGAAAGGUGCAUGUACGGCUCCCUGAGUGAUUCUGUUCGACGCCUGCUCAAAGAUUAUAAGUGUGUCAGUGUCCGCGCCAUGCAGCGGGAUGAUUUUAACUACUUUCUGCACAUGUUACUGGAGCAGGGUCAGCACAGCGACGUGAAGUUCCUGGUUCAUGGACAAACAUUUCUGGCUCAUCGCUGUGUUCUCAGUGCGCGCUCAGAGUACUUCACAGAGAUGUUUGAGACCAAAUGGAAAGGGAAGAGCCUGAUAACUCUCAAACACCCAUUGAUCAACCCUGCAGCAUUUGGAGCCAUCCUGCAAUAUUUCUAUACAGGACGAAUGGAUAUCGAUAUAAGCCUUGUGGAGGACUGCAGACGAAUUGCUAAACAGUGCAAGAUGGUAGAUUUCAUAGAGGAGCUGGAGAAUAAAUGCAAACAGCUGUAUGAAUUUGUGUCCAACAAGCCAGGAAUCUGUGUGAAAGUCCUGAGCCUAGAGCCUCACAGCUGUCAGCUUCAGGAGGAGAUGGCUCAGUUAGCUGACUGUGCUGUGCCCACUGAACUAAGGGUUGGAUUUGGAGAACUUCCCUUUAACAGAGUUGACCGCUUCCCUACUUAUCCCGACAUCUGCUUCAAAGUGGAUGGUUACAAUUUCUUGUGUCAUAAGGUGUUUUUCUGCGGGCGGAGUGAUUACUUUAAAGCCUUACUGGAGGACCACUUCAGUGAGGGAGAGCAGCUGCAGUCCCAGCCCAGUACCCCAGUGAUAACUUUACACAACAUCUCCCAUGAAAUUUUUAUCCACGUCAUGUAUUACAUCUACACCAAUUACACAGAGCUAACGACAGAGAACGUGUUUGACGUGCUGUGUGUGGCUGACAUGUAUCUGCUGCCGGGGCUGAAGCGUCUCUGUGGGAAGACGCUCGCUAAGACUAUAUGUGAAGAAAAUGUUCUGCACAUGUGGAAGACAGCCAAGCUUUUCCGUCUCUCUCGCCUGGAGGAUCAGUGCACAGAAUUCAUGGCCAAGAUCAUCGAGCGGCUGGUGGAGCAGGCUGAGUUUGCCGAGAUUAUCAAAGAGGACGCUGCGUCGUUGGAGGAGCGACACGAGACCGACUCUGUCCCCCUGGUGGAUGACAUUCGCUACCACAUCACCAGCAACGUGCAGACUUACAGUGCAAUCGAGGAGGCCAAUCAGAAGCUGGAAGCCUUGGAGGAGCUGCUGUCCAGCAUUAAUAUUGACUGUUGAGGGGUCGGCUGGUUGUGGUUUGUGGCUGCAGCUGCUGUGGAGUGAGGAAAAAAACCCAUAAGAAGUGAAAAGAAAAACAUAUGCUUAUGUUUGUAGGUUUUAUUUUAUUAUAUUGUACAAAAUGUGUAUUUUGAAAGGAGCUGGUUCUGAUGUUACAAGGGCAUAAUCAGACACAGCUGUUUAUGUUAAAAGUUUGCUUGAGUGAGACAUACUGAAUUGUGAGAAAAAGAUGUUUGGUAGAUAUUAACAAAAGAAUAUCUUUGCAUUGCACAUGCAUGACUUUACACUAAGCAUUAUUUGUAGCUGCUAAGAUUUAGACUUGCUCUUUUAAAAAGUAUUUUGGCCCCAACAAUAUUUAGUACCAGCACUUAAAUUUAACACAAAGUUUUAUUCUGAUGGUGAAAGAAAGCAAACUGAUGCCUUGCCAUGUACUAGCUCACACUUGAGAACUAUUGGUAAAAAGAGGUAUGUUUUCAGUUAAUUCAUCCAGAAAGUAUUUUUAAUUUUGACUUCUUAUUUUUAAGUUACAUAGAAUAUAGGUUUAUUAUAUAUUUCAUGCACAGAAGCAGCUAAAGUACUGCUGAACUGCCUGCAGCUUUUGUUUUGUAUUUGAUUGGAUGUGGCAGCUGUAGUUCACCUCACUGUUCGACCAGUGACAUUCCUCUAGCAUGACUUACAUACAUACACUUAACCUCCUCCCCAACAAGCUCUUGCACUUUGUGUAAAUUUAAAAUGAUAAAUCUAUAUCCUGCUGCACUGUAUAACAGCUUAGGGCUCUUGCCAUGUGUAUGGACAAGAAAUAAAACUGUUACUAAACUGUUUGCAUGUAAAGUUCACCAUCAACGCAGCAAAAUAUUUAAAGAUUUGUUUCAAGCUUGCCGUUAGAAAAACAGAUAAACAACUGUGUUUGGUUUUGGUUUUUAAUUAAACAUGACAUAGCACG